AUGAACCAAAAGAUCCCGCCUCCAAAAAGGAAGCGAAAUCAUGGGCUGGAUCGCCUCGCCUCGCCCACCGCCGAGCCGUGCAUCGUCCUGGUGACUAGCCCCUGGAUCGCCGCCAGCUGUCCCUCGGUUACGGCCGGCCAGGUCUGGUAUUUGCCGUCGGGAUCAAAAGGUGGAAUGUCGAGGAGGUAUGGCCGGUCAUGGGCACUGUCGGAUUUGCACCGACCUGACCGGGCCUGCAUGCGCUGGCGGAUGAGGGCCUCUCUGCGCCUCGACAGGAUCCACGCUCGCUUCUGGUCCCUCACCCACCUGGCCAGCACUUCGCGGGAGUGGCCGUUGGUGAUGUCGGGCGCCGUCUUGAGGUCGUCGAUGAAGAAGCGCGCGGGCGCGGCGUACAGCUGCGUCGCGACGACCUCGUGCGUGUUGGGGUCGCGGUCGAUGGUCCGCGGCAUCGCAGAGCUCGAGGUCGAAGAGGACGUUUCUCGCGUCGACGCCCCGGACGUCGUCGACCUUUGGCUGCUUGCUUUUGCUUUUGCUUUUGCUUUUGCUUUUGUUGUUGCUGUCGCUGGUGCCGGGGCCGUGUCCAGCCUUGUUGUGACUGUACAUGUCGAGCAGGUUGUCGACCACGUCGCUCAGUUCCGUGUCGGCGAGGAUGUACAUGUUGGCCAUCCACCGCAUGGCUGCCGCGAGCUCCCGGUCCCGCUCUUCUCGGGCACAGGAUCGCGACGUGUCCGGAGCUGGACGGGAGCACGUCCAUGCGAACUCGGGAAAGUUGUUGGCGGUUUUGGAGUAGGGCGGGACGAGGGGCUCCGCGAUCCUCGCCAGGGCUUUGAAGUACUCCUCGACGGCGGGCUCGUGCCCAUCAUCCAUCGUAGUGUCGGGGAAGAGUGCGGCGGCGACGUCCGAGAAAACACCACCAGGUGCAGUGGGCCCGGUGCCUCUGCUGGCGAUGGCCGGUGCGACCUCUGGGUAGAAGCUGAUGCCAAGGCCAUACCUGAACAGAUCCGGCAACUCGCAGCCAAACAGCCGCGGCAUGGCCCGCCAGAUAUACAGCUCGCCUGCAGAGACUAUCGGGCACGACCUGAGGAGGGCUUCCUCGUCCGAGGCUGUCCACUGGUGCAAGCGCAGGUCCCUCUCGAGAUCUGUGCUCCAAAACCCCCUUUCGAAGAUGUCGGCGGCGUGGCCAUGCUGAGAACCAGGUAA